UUAUCAUCAAAGUUUUGCCGCCAAAACCUUGCACUGUCCAGUUUGGCACCUUAACCAACAUGAGCCCUAACCUCACAUAUUUUGAAAUUAGAAACUGUCGGUAAACCAUGAGCAACCAACUGUACAAUACUCACGUGAAGCUGCUCGCAUUCGAUCUUCUCUCCCUCACCCAAACUCCUUCGCCUUCAUCCUCGGAUCCAAUCUCCUUCUCUCGCAGGGGCACGCCCCUCUCACGCGCCGAAACCCUAGGUACAGUCACCAGCCGCGAGCUCAAACCCCACAAAUUCCUCAAAUUCACCGUCGACGACGGCACUGGCUGUGUCCCCUGUGUUCUCUGGCUCAACCACCUCUCUUCCCCCUACUUUUCUCGUCGGAAUCCGGCGGAUGUUAGAUUAAUUGCCGAUUUGGCGGAGUACCAAGCGUCGGAGGUCAAGCUUGGAGUUCUUGUCAGAGUGCGCGGCCGGAUCACGGCGUACAGAGGUAGAUCAUGGAAACAGGUCCAGAUUCUCUCUCCACUGAUCCCACCCAUGUUUUGGGGAUAAGAAUCAUGGAUAAUAUGUUGGAAGCAAAUUAUUGCUUGCCCAAGAUCCCAAAUCUUUCAAAGAUACUUCCUGGAUUUUAAAUGAAGCUCUAGACACAGCAUAAAAAGGCAACUGAGAAAAAAAAGUGGGGGUUUGGAGGAAGAAGAAGAAUGGCACAUAACGUGCAAAAAGAUCCCACAUUCAAUACGAUUUUGGGUAGGUGAAAGCAAUCGAACAGGAAGGCAACUAGUUUAAAUUUAUGUCAACAGGAAGACCCUUUCUUGAAUUCAUCCACAUGAGCCGUAUGCAUCUCUCUGCGUAAAUAAAAUAGAUCUGUGUGGGGAAUACAAAGGAUGUAUCAUCUUUUAAAUGACCAACAGGGCCAGAUUGAAUAAGAUGGUAGUUAUUGCUGGAAGGAUAAAGGGAGUGGAAUGGAUGCACACCUCCCUCAUGAUUUGAUGGGCAACAUGGAGGGUGAUGAAGGCUAUGAAAAUGAAAGGCAAAAAAGAGACACUGACAACACCUCUGCCCAGGUCAAUGAAAUGAAGUGAAUGAACUCAAAGUGUUUUUGGUUAAAACUCCCUCGUAUUUUUCCCCUACCCAAAGUGAAAAGCUUCACAUCAUACUUGAACCAAGUCAAAAUUUUCUGUUGUCCUUUGCUUUUGGGUGUUGCUGUCCUAGGGAGUCCUCAUCCUUAUAAUAUUCUUGUAACUUCAACUGGAAACAGCCCCACCAUUGCCCCUUGCUUGGAGAAAAUUACUCUUUGUAUUCUCCAUUUGGACUUACAUGAUUUCAGGGUGUCUUUAAUCAGACUUUAAUAAUGAUUAAUGAAACCCCUUCUUCGGAUCAA